GAAGGCCGCCCGCCGAGCGACGAGAGCCCAAGCAAAAAGGCGCGGAGCCGAAACUUGCAUUGCAAGGAGAGAAGGCCCUCGCCGCCGCCCACCUCCCCCCUUGGGAGGCCGGCCAUGGCGGAGGGGGAAGAGGAGGCGGCGCGGCCGCAGCCGCGGCCGACGCUCGCCCUGGAGGCUUUCCGCGGCACGAUCGUCCAGGCGGUGAAGGAGAACCGCGUCACGAUGAUCGUGGGGGGCACCGGAUGCGGAAAGAGCUCCAUGAUUCCCCAAUUCCUUCUAGAAGAAAACCUGGAGCCCAUUAUGUGCACACAGCCUCGGAGGUUUGCUGUGGUAGCCAUUGCUCAAAGGGUGGCUCAUUCUCGCAAGUCGAUGCUAGGACAAGAAGUUGGAUAUCAUAUAGGCCACCCAAAUAUGAAGAAUCUCACCUCAACAAGGUCAAAAAUUGUUUUCAAAACAGCUGGUGUUAUGCUAGAGCAAAUUCGUCAACACGGCAUUGCUGCAUUGCAAUAUAAGGUUAUUAUUCUUGAUGAAAUUCAUGAACGGUCUGUGGAAUCUGAUCUUGUCCUUGCUAUUAUCAAGCAGUUUAUGAUGGAAAAGAGUGACUUCAAGCUGGUUUUGAUGUCUGCCACUGUUGAUAGCACACGAUAUGUUGAUUACUUUAAAGAUAUUGGAAAGGUUGAACUGAUUACCAUCCCGAGCAUCCCAUGCACUAACACGUUCCAGAGAGAAGUCCAUUAUCUUGGAGUAUUUAACUAA